AUGUCGCGGAUGUCGGUGGAGUGCGUUGCGGCCGGCGGCCGGGGACGGCACACGGGUUUAUUUUUAAGCGAACGGUCACUGUGGCGACCUAAAACGUGCCUGUGCCAGAUUUAUAUGAUUUUUGAUAGACAUCGAGUGGGCGUGAUCAAUUUAAACUCUGAUCGAAAUGUGACUGUAAUUCGCACGAUUGUGACCGUUUGUUUACUGCGCCUACACCAAACUCUAUAUCGGAAUCAGGAAGGGCUUCCUUUUAUUUGCCAUGAAAUGGGAUUGCUUUCAGUUCCGAGGUUCCCAAUGUGUUGA